AUCACAAUGGCUAUGGCAGCGUGCUAUCCGACCUACGAUCACAUGACCGGCGGCAGCAGAAAUGCAGCCAGCAUCGUGGCUCAGCAACAGCAGCAGCAGCUCCAGCAGCAGCAGCAGCAGCAGCAGCAACAGCAACAACAGAGCCCGGUGGCGGCCACUAGUCAGCUGCACCAUCUGUCCUCGCGGCUAUCGGCCGCCGCCGCGGCAGCAGCAGCAGCGGCAGCGGCCGCAGCCGCCGCCUCUAACAUGGCGGUGCAAAAGGAUUUCAGCAUACCGUUGCACGUGGACUGCAGUGUGGAGUACGAGCUGCCGAACCAGGCAAAACCGCCGGUCGGUGCACGGGUCGAACCGCUGCUGAUGAUCCAUCCGUGCUACUUUCGCAAAAUGGAGAGUCAGCGGCGCAGCCCGUUCAUCAACAACAUGCCAAAUUCGUCCCGUAGUUCUAGUUCGUCGAUCGCGGCCAAGAAUGGUGUUAGUGGUGGUGCCAGCAAUGGUGGCAGCAGUAACAGCAGUGCUAGUGGCAAUGUCGCCGUCAGCAGUGGCACCAGUGCCGCAGCCGAUCCGUCGGUGAUAAACGGUAGCUGCACGACGACCGGUGUUGUGAAUAAUGUUAGCAGCAGCCGGCGGAAUGCGGCCCACAAGUCGUCGUCCUCGUCCGCAUCCACCAGCAACCAGUUCCUUCAGCUUCAGCUGGACGAUUACGUCCAGCGGCAGAUGCACCGCUCGACGGCGGCCAACAGUCAGCAGCAACAGCAUUACGGUGCUGCCAACAACACAGUCAGUGGUCAUCUGCAACAGCAGCAGCAGCAGCAGCAGGCUCAGCAACAGCAACAACAGCAGCAGCAGCAGCAUCAUCACCAGCAGCAGCUACAGCAGCAGCACCACGGCCGUCACCAGCAACAACAGCAACCUCACCACCAUCAUCACCAGUCACAGCACCUCGCAGGGCAGUCCUCGAAUCAGUACAACCUCACCAACAACCAGCCCCAGUCUCAGCAACAGCAGCAGCAGCAACAAUCUGCCUCUGUAUCAUCAUCAGACUGGGGCCGGUAUCAUCUGGGCUCGUCUGAUUGUACCAGUACCGGCGGUGCGGCAGGCGGUGGUGGUGGGGUUGUGGUGCGCAACGGUAGCAACUACAGCAGCAAAGUAGCCAACGGUUACGCUGGUAACGGUUUAGCUGUCAGCAACAGCACCAACACCAGCACCAGCAACAGCGCCACCAAUAGCAACAAAUCCAAAAGUGUCACUAGCGCAUCCAUGAAGCGCAAUCCAAGUAAUACGGGUAUCAGUCAACAACACCACCAGCAGCAUCAGCUUCAGCAGCAGCAACAGCAGCAACAGCAGCUCCUGAUGCCGGCCAGCUGCGCCGUGUACAACAGCACCGCCAACGGUGUCAGCAGUGGCCUGGUGGAGGGUGGCGGUGCAGGGCCCCUGCGCUGGGGCGAUAUCGAGAAGACUUCAAUGGCGGCGGCGGUGCCUCGCGAUUUCCAGGCCGGUCCCGAAUCACUGCCAAUGAAGGCGGCCGGUGUGGUGGCGACUACCGCCGCCGCCGCCAAUUUGCCACCCCCGUCGUCCUACCGCGGGGGGGGCAAGCGGGAUGCGAUGCUGUCCGGUGCCGGCGGCUGUGCAGUGUAUAGUAGUAAUAAUAACAAUAAUAAUAAUAAUAACAGUAGCAGUAAUAAUCGAAGUCACACCGGUAAUAACAACAAUACUGGCGUUAGUAGCAGUUGUACUACGACCGGCAUUCCCAGCACGGACCUCAGCCUGUGGGAGGCGGCAGCCAAUGGUGGUGGCAAUACCGGCAGCAGCAGCAACUCCACCCUGCCGGACAAGAGCUCGAUGACCGCCGCCAUACCGCGGGACUAUCACGCGGCUGGUCCGGAACAUCUCGCGGCUUGCAAUAAGUUGACGGCCGCACGUCAGCAGCAACAACAUUACCAGCAACAUCAUCAUCAACAGCAACAGCAGCAGCAGCAGCAACAGCAACAUCACUCUCAACAGCAGCAACAUCGUCAGUCGCAGCAUCGCCAGCAACAUCAGCAACACCAGCAGCAUCACCAUCAGCAGCAACAACACCUCCACCAUCAGCAGCAGCAGCAGCAGCAGCAGCAACAUCACCACAAUCAUCAGGUUGCGGUGGCAGCGGCAGCUGCUGCAGCAGCGGCAGCCGAAGCCUCCGAGAAGCUCCUGUUCGCCAAGUACCACCGACAGCAUCAGCGGGUCUCGCAUCGGCUGCACCCGUACAUGAUGAGCUCCAGCUUUACGCCGCUGAUGACGGCGGCCUUCCCGCCGAUGCAGCAGGUGUCCUGCUACAACGUGUGAUUCUAAAGCGGCCA